UACUGAAUAACAUCGAUCUCGAUUUCUAGAACGGGGUCAUCACGUAGGGGGCAACGAUCCUGCAACAUCCGUACGGAGGAAAACAGACUCGUGCAUUCGAAGCGAGCGAGUCGAAUGGCGAUGAUCGCGUCGCGUAUCACGUUGUGUUUACCUACAAACGUACCCGUUUGAGCGCGACGAGUGUUGCGCUUUACGUGCGUUUACGGUGUCGUGAGAGAGUGCAGUGUGUGAAAAUUUAUGUGGUAUCGACUCGGUAGAGUCUAUCUUUCGGACGUGCAAACGAGUCGCAUCGCUUCGCGUGGACGCGUCCACGGGUCCUCGUCGUUUCGUCGUCAGCAUCCUUGCUGCCCUCGCAUUUUCCCCUCGUACACCCUUUCUUUCUCGCUCGCUCGUUCUCUUUCCCCUCUCUUUUUCCCUCUCUUUCAUUCUCGCACAAUCGACAAUGACGAGCCACGCCGUUCAUCCUCGCUGGCGAUGGUGCAUCGUUUCUGCAAACAUUCGCGUCAAUGACGCAAAGUGAGUCUUGCCGCGUUUGCUGCGAACAAGUCUGGAUGUCCGCUAAUCCCGGAUUUUAGGCCAGUCUAAAAACAAAAAGAUGGAUGCAACAAUUGAGAGAGAGUGCAGCGCGUUGGGCGGUUUGUUUCAACAGAUCGUCACUGACAUGAAGAACGGAGCACCACUUUGGGAAGAUUUGAUUUCAAAAGCUACAAAGUUACACGCAAGUUUGAGAGCCGCUAUCUUAGCUAUCUCCGCAUAUCUCGAGGCUUUUCAGAAAAUAGCAGAUGCUGCGACUAACGCCAGAGGUGCGACCAAGGAAAUUGGAACAGCACUGACACGAAUAUGUCUGAGACAUAAAGCGGUAGAAACUCGCAUGAAAUCGUUUACUAGUGCUAUUAUGGACUGCUUGGUGCUGCCUUUACAAGAGAAAUUGGAAGAUUGGAAGAAGUCUUUGAUCAAUUUAGACAAAGAACAUGCCAAAGAGUUCAAAAAGGCGAGGGCGGAGCUAAAAAAACGCUCCACCGAUACUUUACGUCUGCAAAAGAAGAAAGCACGAAAGGGUCAAGUACACUUACAUAUUCAAGCUCAAAGUCACGGAGCAUGCCUAAGCGACGUGGAACUCAAUCGAAUGUUGGAGUCGUCAGCGGCUGUCGUCCAGGAGAAAAGACUGAGUUUAGAGGAAACGGAACGAAAAGCCGUCCGCGCAGCCCUCCUCGAAGAGAGAGGCAGAUUUUGCCUACUUGCCCGAUUCUUGAAACCUGUACUCGAUGAGGAGGUAGCAAUGUUAAUGGAAUUGACACACCUGCAAGAGGUCUCGGAUCAAUUGCAAAAACACGCCGCAUCGCCGCAUCAUUUACCGCCUGCGUCCGAGCAGGUAAUAACGGACAUAAAAGGAUGCGACGUCACUCAAUGGUCGUUGGCUACGCCGCCGUCGAGUCCGUCACUGUCUCUCGGAUCGAGGAAGAGUUCUAUGUGUUCGAUCAGUUCUCUAACCAGUAGCAGUAGUGGCUCUUGUAAAAGCCAUCCAAGUCCAUCUGGACAUCCCUGGCACAGAUCCCUCUCUCAGCCAGUCGGUGUCAGACCCGCCAGCAUCAACGGCAUCGUGACGUUGCGCCAUUUGACGAGUGGCAGUUCUCGCGACUCUGGCUUUACCUCUCAGGACACGUUGUAUAAUCAGCCAAUCUCCGAACAUCAGGUAUCGAAUGUGUCUUCUCUAAGUAAUCAAAGUACCGGUUGCACUGUAACAAGACCCGUGACAACUUCAACUUGGCCUGAUUUGCAGGAAACGUCCGUUCAGUAUGAUCAACAGAAUCCAGGCGCGGUGAACGAGCGGCCCCACACCAUCUCCUCUGCGUACGAAAAGGGACACCAGAGACCGGCGCUGAGCGUUUAUACAUUCCAAGCCCCGGAUCGCGAUGGUAACAGUUGCUGUCACAGCCAGCCCGCCUCUCCAGUUUCCUCUUCCUCAUCGUGCUCUUCCACGAACCAGCAGCUGUCUAGGGUACAACUCCGUAGGAAUAACGGCGGCAGUCGUCCACCUAUACCAAACAGAUGUUCUAGUUUGGAGCGGCCGACGAUUCCGGUGAAAAACGAGCCACCCGGAAGUCCACGGGGGAAACCCAAGUUACCUCUGCCGGCUCAUUUAGCGAAAGAAUUAGCGACUCAUCAGCUUCAGCAACCAAUGUACGUAAACAUGCACGAGUUGGCGAACCUGGCCGCUAGCCGUGCCCAGGAAAUGCAGCUUCCGCUUCCUCCUCCUCCCCCCGCAUCAUCGGCAGCAGCAGGAACUGACAAGACUGAAGUACUGGAAAAAGAUGCUGGCAGUCAGACGUCUGAAUCGAGUUUGGAAUCCAGUAGUGGAUACGGCAGCCAAAAUACUCUACCGCAUUCUCAUUCGCUUCACAAUCAAAACGAGAACCUGUGGAACGUACCUGGUGCCGUGGCCACGUUAAUGACGCGCAGAGGAUCGAUACAGCAAACUGCCAGACCACCGCCGCCGACCAGACGUACGUCCACCAUUAUCACCCCACAUCCCACGUCGUCAACGUCCGUCAACGAGGAUCGGGAAAACGUUUGCGAUGAGACGGAGAAUCUUCCGCCACCGCCCGCGUUCCUCCUAGAAGGUUCUUCGCCUACAGCCAGUCCUACGCCUCAGAGAUCCAUCUCGGUUUCCGAAACUGUGAGGACUCUGACCGAACUCCGUCACACUCCGGCCAGUCCGUCACUCUUGCGAAAAACUACCGGACAGCAGCAGGCACUCAAUAAUCCGUCGAGCAUCGUCCAGCAUAACGCCAUGCUGCAGAUAACUCGUUCAUCGGUGGACCGUUCCUGCUCGGCUGUCCGUUCGUCGUCGCAGGAACGUGGUGGAUCUACCGGCACGCAGACAACUGCAGCCGGCCUUACGGUCAGCCAAGUCAGUCAAGGUGGCCAAGGACAGGGGCCGGGUGGCGUCGGGCAGGGCUUUAUGGCGGUGCUCAAUGCUAAACUCAUCGGUACCAUGAGCAGUAAUGCCGUACCAGGCGCGAAUGCAAGCGGCAGUCCAAAGUCCUUGAGAAAGCAAUCACUCUUGGAACAGCAACAGCAGCAGCAGCAGCAGCAACAACAACAGAAUAAGAAUGUGAAGACAGCGACUUCUGGCUUUCUCGAAACACUGAAUGCUAAAUUGGCGCAGCAGCAACAAGCUCUGCAGCAAGCAGGAAGCACGAGUAAAUCUGCUAGCAUCAGACGCAUAAUGGGCAAUCGUAUGCCAAUCAUAGACCCUCUGCAAGUGAGGGAUUCCCUGAUGGAUCAGAUCAGACGAGGCACUCCUCUGAAGAAGACCAGCGGCCCGAUCAACGAUCGUUCAGCACCGAAAAUCUACUGAGUAUUCCAGCAUCGAUCUUCACGUAAAUUCGUAAUAAUAAUAUUAUAGUAAUACGUUGCUUUAAGAGUACUCUGAGCAACGUUACUUCUCUUCUAAUCAUCAUGACUGUUGCGCGAGAUGCUACGAGAACGAAGGUGGAUGAAAACCGGUAUCUUCCGAUUCCUCGUGUCAAUGUUACAUUUUGAAUCGUGCGCGUAAACGUUAAUUAGGAUCACCGUUAUGUUUAUCGUAUCGCUCGUUUCCGCUGUCGUUUGCUAUAAUCCUGAUGAACGCAGGCUCCAUAUUAAAUCAACAUAUGAUUUACUGUAAUACAGCGUAUCGAAACGUCGUGCAGUUGAGUAAAAGUGAGUGAGUAGGGUAACAAUGUUACACACACGUACACGCGCGCGCGCGCGUAUCAUACAUACAUGCAUAUACAUAUAUAUAUAAUUACUAUUGAUUACGAUUACAUUGUAGCGUAAUACUUAAAAGAAAUCCAACAUAGAGAGAUUUUUAUAAUAAUGUGUGAAUAUUUAUAAAGGAAACUAAUUUCGCGAUUCGAGGAAAUCGCCUCGUAAGAUCCAUAUCGAUACAACGACAAUACUCCAGUACAACUUGUGUCUUAUAGUUCUCUAUUUUUUCUGCUUGAUACAGCUUAAUGUGAAUAAACUCUCAGUGCUCUAUUUAUCAUCACCGCGUAAUCCAUGAUUAAGUAUAUAUAUGAUGGAUCUGCGACACGGCAAACAAAAUCAUACGCAAUUUAAUAUCGAGCUUGUGCACUCAAGAUACAAUUUGUAAAAAUGCAUACUCGCCAGAGGUAUCUUACCUUGUAAGGCGCGUUUUUUUAUUUUUAUAUAAGAGAGUACCUUUUUUGCCAGUUUCCACGUUAUCUAAUUUCGCACAUUGCCGCGCGUUUGACAUGACAUGGAAAAAUGGCCACGUGUUUCCAAGUAGUGUUAUUCUACGCCAUCGAGAGUAUUCUCGUUUACGAAUCGAUGGUACAUGUACUAAUCGUUAUACUACUACGACACAUCUCUCAGUGUCGAUAAGUGUUUGUCGAUAAACAUACGUGUCGCGCCUUCGCAAAGAUCAUACGUAUUUACGGUCGUUGCCGCUUACAAGCUACGGUUACCGCAUUGUCGCGACUUUAAGGGGAAAAUCUCUCUCAGGAUCGAGCGAACGUUUCGAAACGAAUUAUUUAAUUAUUUAUUAAUUACGAAUUAUUUAACUUUACGCGCGCCACACGCCGUUAGUAAUUUACAUCAUCAUAAAUGUAUAUCUCUUGAUACGCAUUCUUUAUUUUUUUUUACUUGUCGCUGUUCGUGCCACAUGUUCACCGUCAAUAUUCCUAUUCAAACGUGCGGUCGGAGAUACGUCGGUCGUCUAAGCGCAAAAAUACGACGAAUAUCGAUUAUUACUGCCAAUUAUAGUAAUUUUUUCAUUUUUUGCGUAAGUAGUUUUUAAUGGUACUUUAGCGAACCGGCGCGAUGAAUAGUGUAUAGUGUGAGCAAUAGUAUAUACGUUUAUUUAUUUCGAGUAUUUAAUUGUAUACAGGCGUGAAUAUAGAUACUUCCACAGAACUUAUCCAUUUGAUAUUUAAUGAUAUUCGUCUUUCGAGAAUUGAUGGAGUGUUGAUGCGAAUAGGAGGUAGAUUCGAUCCCGAUAUCUCUUUGCAAAAUCUUAUCAACGUUAAAUGUCAAAUGGACUCUAUAUAUAUAUAAAUAUAAAUAUAAAAUUGCGGGUUAAAAGCGCAUUAAAUAAAUAAUCGUACAUAUAUUGUAAUGAAAUACUAUUUAAUGUAGCAAGAAUGCGCGCGAUUAAAGUGAUUGUUAAUUUGUAAUAACUAUUACGAUGCGAUCAAACGUGGACAACAAAUAAAGAUACAUUUGUCUG